GCUGCUUGUGUCCGACGUAUGCCGUCCAGAGCGUUCGUCGCCAAAGUUGUACUGCGGGUGGCACAUAUUGCCGUCCACGAAGCUGGUCCUGUCGGCCUGGUUUUGCAGCGCAAAUUCAGGAACCAUUGUCAUAGAGCUUCCUGUGCGGACGGAUACACGCCAAGCAAGUUGGUCAGCUCCGGAAGGCCGGUUGAAUAAACGCAAAUUCCGGCGAUACAGUAAUACAGUAGCGGGUGCAGUCGUGGGUUAGGCCCGUCUCUGACACUCCGCAUCUCGUGAUUUGUUGGACAUUGAGAUCUCUGGGGCAUAUUUCCGAGAUCUAGCCCGGACUGGAGAAGGGAGCAUACGCCGUGUUCACGUCCUAUUUAAGUGGUUUGUGGACGUUAUGUCUGUUAGCUUCAACAACUCUUUUGGCUCCCAGCCCGUCCAGGUGGAAAUCUUGGCACCGAUCCAAAGAACAUUUACAAUCAACGGUGGAAUCGUCCAAAAGAUCCCUCUCUCUCUACUCCCUGCGGACUACAUCAUGAAAUUCACCAAGCGCGACGUAACCGCUAACGCCAACUUAUAUCUUAAUGUUGGCGAUACCGUUAAUUUUGGAGACUAUUUCACCUCCGCCAGUUCUGGAGACGACUUCGUCCGACCCCAAACGAAGUGCAAGAUCGUCAACGACACGCUCUACAGUGCCACAGUCCGUCUCGAGUAUCCCCAGCCGGACGUGGUGCCCGUUUUUGCGAUCCCCGUCAAUGGUACCAUUGAACUGCUGUACAGAGGUGACACCAGGCGCAGCUUCACUGUCACUGUCAACGGCAAGGCCGCCCGUGUCGUCAUCAAAGGCCGCGAUGAGCCGCUCGUCGCCCUGUACUUAACUUCUAUAUUUCCCAACCCGCUUCACGCCGCCGUGGAGUACUUUGUGGACAACCAGAUCCCGGGCGAGACAGAAGUUGUGGAGGUGAAGAUGGUCGAGACUACAACUGCGCUCGAGUCCUACGUCUAAGCUCCUCUGCUGUGAGCCGCAUCACCACU